GUCCGUUCUUGACUUCUCGUGUUUGUUUCGUUGUUUUCGGCAUUGGCCGCCGUGUCGACGCUCGCGCGACGCCAGCAGCAGUACGGUGUUGUGGCUUGUGGUCGUUGGUUAUCUCAACGAAACCGGAUACAGAUUACCGAAUUAAACAAUAUAAAGUUGUUCUUCGAUAUAUGCCGUUCAAGUUUUUCUCACGAUCUAUUUUUUUAAUUUUUUCGCGCACGAAACUAGUGUUUGUUUAUAUUGUGAAUUUUAAUCUUUUAACUUUGAUCGAAGGUGAUUUUUAUAUUGUAGUGAAUAACCGAAUAGUUUGAUUACGGUCUAUAGUGUAUACAACUCUUUCAUGUCGCUUAUUUGGUUUUCGAUGUUAUACUGCAGUAAUGGUCACCUCAGCCUGGAACCAUUGUCUUGUGUAAACUAAAGCUGAUAUGUUUUUAAACUGACCUAAUGUUUAAAUAUUGAAGAAAAGCUUAUCUGUAAGUAAUCAAUCUAACUACCUAUUGAUUUAAAUCUUGAAUAUAUUUUUUAAGUUUUUUUAAAAUUCUUUAGAUAAUAUACCUGAGUGUAGGUUGGCACUAUGAGGCAUUUGUUAUAUGUAUACAUAAGAUUAAUAUAUUAAUCUUCCACUGUAGCUUCUUUAUGCUUUAUAUUAUAUUGGUUUUGAAUUAUAUUAUGAUGUUAUACUAACAUUUUUAUAGGUAUUAAACGUUUGUUUUUCAUUAUAGUACCUAGGUAGGUAUGUUGAUUUAGAUGAAAAACGUUUCGGAAGUGUAUGAAAGAAACGUCUAGUACAUGACGCCUUUCUAAAUCUUUUGUUCGCUACUAGUAUUAUAUAUCUAUGUUCGUGUUUCGGUACUGAAACAGUUAUAUUUACCGUAAAAAAACCAGCUCUGUAUCCUUGGUUCAUAUCAAUUAAAAUAUUUCAACAAAUGUUUUUGGUUACCAUAGUAAUUUGUAUAAAUAAACGCAAAAAUAAUUACUUCUGAGAAAGACUAUCCUGAAUUUUACUUUUCUAAAGUGAUUUAAACGAAUCUAUAUAGUUAGUUAAAAUAUAAAUGAAUAGAUACAAGAUUGACAAAAGAGUCAUUAUUCAUACACAUAAUUAGCGUAUAUAUAAUAUAAAUAUAUUGAUUUAAAAAGUAUUUAGAUAGACUUUUAAGGAUACAAUUUUAUUAAUUUAUUCAAUUUAAAUAGAUACCUAUAUAAGGUACCUAUUUACUCAGUUCCAGAUAUUAUCUAAUUGAUGGUUUGAAUUGAUUAUGUUAUUGUUUAUUUUCUAUAAAGUCUUAAAUAUAGCUAUGAUAUAUUUUAAAAAGUAACAUUAAUAAGUAUUACCUCAUUUAAAGUUUAUACUCUCUCAGUAGGUCCUAAAAUAGUACAAAAUGUUCAGUGUUCAGCUCGAAAUUCUAGUGCUAUAAAAAAAAGGUUUCAUUUUGAAAAGGCGCCAAAAAUGUAAACACGUUUCUGCUCAACUCAUCUGGAGAAGUAAAUUUUUUUUUGGAAUUUUCUUUUUAGACAAUUUGAGAUAAAUGCCGUUUUAAAAUACUAGUUACCUAUAUUGUUCUUAUUUUACCAUCCUUAUGUUUGUUGAUUCUGCUAAUGAAUAUAGUGUUAGCUACUUACUUUUGAUUUUCAAAACUGAAAUAGUAAAAAUAUAAAUGUAGGUAUAAUAAAUUAUUUAGGAGAUUUGAGAUUAGAGACAGGAUUAGGCUAGUUGAAAUAAAUUUGAGUGCUGACAAUUUUAGUUUUCACCAACCCGUUGACGGGAUGUAUCACUUUUAAGUUUGGCAUUUUUGAGAGAUACAUGAGUUUGUUUUUUUUUUUUUAAAUCAGAAGUUAUCACACGUUUUAAUCAAAUCAAAUAAUAAUAAUUUGCCUUAAUUAUUAUUUUUAAUAAUUUACCUAAUUUUACCUGAUUUUGAUUAUAAAACGUAGUAAAUAAAUACUAUUUAUAAUCAAUAAUAAUUGAUAAUUCCCAGACAUUAUCAUAUAAAUAAGACAAAUAAACAUUAACAAAAAUGAACAAGAAAACCUUUUAUAACCAUGUAAUGUAAUUGACAUAGAGCUACAUCUCACAAAUUGGCCAUUGGAGUUUAAAUCACUAAAUAGUAAAAUUAAAUGUUUAAACAUGUUUUGCUAUUUGGAAAUAAAAGUACAGUCGAACUUGGUUAACUCGAAAUAGUCGAUACCUCGAACUUUUUACCCGGUCCCUAGAAUUUCUUAUUUAAACAAUUCAAAAAAAUCUUGUUUAACUCAAGUCUUUUCGAAUUAUUAUGUAUUUAUACCUAUUUACUAUAGAACAGUUUUUCCCUCUCCAACUUUUUUGAUUUUGAGCAAAGCGAGAAACAUAUUGGCUUUACAAUGAUGUUUUUUUUUAUUUCUAUGAACAACUUUUCCUACAGAAAUUUCGCUCCGAUUUUUAAGUGUACCCACUUUUUCUGGAAGUAAAUUUUACUGGAAUGUUAUUUUUGAUUUUUACAGUGUUUUCAUAAUAAAUGGGAAAAACUGGACAUUUUACGAAAUGUAUUACUUGAAAGUCUUAAAUAUUACGGCUUUUCAAAAUACGUAUAACCGAAUUCAGCUCAGAAUCGUUUUUUGUUAAUAAUGAUGAAUGGUUACGUACAUAUAUAUACAUUAAUUUCCCCAUUACCUUCCCAAUUUCUCACCUACAACAGUGGCCCACUCAUCGUGCGAAGUAUGUCCAUUUGUUUUUUAUUCUACGUCCCCCUUGUAGGUUUCCAAAGAUCUCAUCCCUUCCCUAAUAAUUAAAAGUAUGAAUUUUUUGCUUUUAAUUUUUUGUCUGGUAAAUUUGCAUAUUUUAUUCUUACAAUUUCAUCAUCACUAUAUUACCCCCUUACGCAGUAAUUUAAUUCCUCCCUAGGAAUAUGAAUUUUAUGAGAUAGAUACAUUUUUGAUUUUUAAGGGGAUUGAGUUCAAAAUUGAAAAGAAUCAUUUAUAUAUAUUUCAUAUUAAUAAUAACAGUAAUAAUCGUAAUCAAAAUAUUUUUCGAAAUAUUUUUGUUCGAAGCCAGAAUUUUACAAUUACUCGGGAACCUCUUGGAAACUAAUGCAUCUUUCUCAUGGCCUGCAUAGAGUAUUACCUAUUAUUUUAUAUAUUAUGUUUGUUGUUAGAUGUAUUGUCUUAGAACUUUCACCCGCCAAACUAUUCUCAUAUUUAUAAUUUGUUCAUAAUCAUAAAUAUAUUUCUGUGAGAAUACUUAGUCGGUGAAUGUUUUUUGACUCGGAAAAACAAUUUAAAUACUCAUUUACAAAAUUACUAUAAUAGUAUAAUAUGAGCAGGUAUUAUGAAGUAGGUUCCUAAAUAGCAAAUAUACAUAAUAUACUAACAAAUUUAUCGAAUAAUUUACCACUAAAUCUAUUAUUUAUUUUAACACAUACUGGCAUACAUAAUAUUUUGGGUGUACACAAUGUGAUCCAUUUAUUAUGAACCAGGGAUUUUCUCGUACGAUUUUAAGUGAAUUCGAUUUUUGUUUUUUAAUCGUUUUAGUUUUAUAUUUUUUUAACAUUAUUUUAAAUGUUUUCUCCUAGAUUCUUCUUAUAUCUUAAAUGAAAAACACAGAUUUGAAUAAAGACAUUUUUUUUAAAAGUUUAGAUGUACAUAACACAUAUUACUGGAUUUACUGCUUAUGACUUAGAACCCUUGUUAUAACUUAUAACUUUUUAAAAUUUAGAUCUCGAAUUGGAAUUGGUUCAGUACAGAUAUUUUGGAUGUAUAGUGCAUUAAAAACAUUAACUAGAGAAAAUUAUCUUGCAGAAAAGGUACUGCAUGACUUGAUACAUCGAAACAAGUUUACUGCUAGAAUUUUUGAAAAAAAAAAAAUAGCUAAUACUGGGGACUAGUGCGGCCAUGUUAUAUGUGGGUGGUGGAGAAGGUGGGAUGCAUACAUUUAUUUAGUUUAUGCCUGUAAUCAAAGAUAAACGACGAAUUUAUGACGAAAACCAAUUCGGAGCGAAGGUUAGUUAUACAUUUUUUGAAAGACUGUAAUAUUUGCAAUUUUUGUCAUAAUUUGAUUUGAUUAAAAAAAAAUGUACUGCAUUAAACAAAAAUUUAAAUUUUUCCUAUCAAAUUUUCAAGCAUUUCUGUUGGUCUAAAAAUUUGUUUACAGAAUACCUACUAAUGUGUAUAAAUAGCUCAAAUGUUUCGAUGUUUUACUACAUCUAAAAAACUAAAAAGUUUACAUUAAGUAUAUAUAAGUUUUCUGUUAAAAUUUCAAGUCUACGAAUAUUUUUAACUGAAUUAAAUUAUAAAAUCAAAAUUUAUAAUAAUAAAAGAAUCAUUUUCGUACAUUUUCUGGUUCUUUUUAUGUAUUUUUUGGUUUUUUUCAAAUUAUUAAAAUAUAAAUCAGGAGAAAAUCAAAAAUGACAUUCUUUGGUCACUAACUAGAUUAAAAAUUAAACAAAAAAGGUUUCUCGGCUUUUUUAUAUUGAAGCAAUAAUUUUUGUAGAAAAAAUAAGCUGUACAAAUUUUAAAUAAUUAAAUCGUUGUGUAGUGUAAUUUGAAAAAGAAUAAUAUAUUUCAUCUUUUUGACGAAUUUUAUGUGAGGAAAAAUAGAUAAACCAAGAUUUGUAUAACUACCAAUGUACUAUGUUAUAUACUGCAAACGUAAUACCGUAAAGGCGUGAAUCAUGUGUUAAAAUUAAGAAUCAUACUAUACUAUUUUGGUUAUAUUGAGUGUGACUGAUAUCAAUUCAUCCAAAAAAUAACGUCUACCUUUGAGUAUUUUGAUAGCUUAUAUGUUUAAAAAAAAAUAGUGAUUCAAUAGUAAAUUCUUAGGAGCCAAUAGUCAAGGGUACUUUCUAAAGGUAAAAUAUUGACUAUUUGUGUUUGGGAACCAAUUCCAAAUGUAUCAAUAAAAACUUUGAAAAAAAUAGCAAACAUAUAUUUCUAUCAUAUAUAUAGCUUAAUAAUAGCCAAACUUUUUUGAAUAUUAUUUUAUCACGUUUAGAAAACGCAAGUGUAAAAUGUCAAGUCUAUGCAUAUAUUAAAUUGAAUUACAAAAUAGAAAAUAACGGAACCAUUAUUUCCGUAAACUUUCAAAUUUUUUUAUGUUUUUUUUUGUUUUGCUCAAUUAUUAACAAAACUACACAGGACAUCAACAAACCGCUUUCUUACUCACCAACAAAAUCGAAAACUCAUCACAACAAUUUAUUUUUCGUUUUUCGUUUUCGAUUGGAGCAAUAUUUUUGGUAGAACGUAGAAAACCGUAACAAUUUAAAAUUACGACUAAAUUUCAUUUUAUACGUUUCAUUUUCCUAAUUAUUAUUAAAACUGCUUGAAAAAUCAAAAAACAACUUACUUAAUCAGUAAUCAUCAAUAAGAUUAAAAAUGAAACAAUAAAAGUCACUUGUCGUUUUUUAAUUGAAGCAAGAAAUCUGGUAAAGAAAACAUUGCGUAAAAAUUGAAAAUGAUGAUAUCGGCAAGCUGUGACCUGCCAUAAAUAUUUGAUCAUAUUUUUUCGGUUUGCUCCAACUUUUAGAGAAACUCAUUAAAAAUAAAUAUUUGAAAUAUCAAAAAAUUAGCUCCUUGAUGUACUUAAUAGACUCAAAUUGCAACAAAAAUGACCAAUUUGUCAUUUUUUAAUUGAACAAGAUUUUUCGAAAAGUUGUUCCCAGAUACAAACGAAGAACUAAAAUAAACUUUUUAUUAUUUUAAAUUUGGUUUUUUAAUGUAAUUUAGUUAAGAAUAUUCGUAGAGACAAUGUAAUUUUUACAGAAAAUAUAAGUUAUCUGUUUUUUUAGACUCUAUACAAUUAUUACACACAGAAGCUUAUAUUUUACCCUAUUGAUCUUAACAUGAAGUGUUUUUAUUUUUAUUUUUGUAUCUGAUGACACUUUUCUAGCUAAAAAAAAUGCUGAACAUUCAAUUUUAAAGGAGAUUUUUGGUAGCAGAUUUAAUUUUUGUUUAUAUUUAUACAUCUAUUGCAAAUACUUACAAUAAAAUUAAAAUAAUAAAUCUGAAUAAAAUACUUUCCAACAUAAUAAGUGUCUUAACGAGGAUUGAUUACUUAUGAUUCGUAUACCUAGUGUAUACACUAUAACUAUAAUGUAGUAUUAAUUAUAAAUUUUGCAAAAGUUACAUAUUAUAAUGUUUGUAUAAUAUUAAUACAUAUUGCAUUACAUAUUUUUGUAAAAUUGAAUUUUACAUUAAAUAUAUUUGUGUAAUUUAUAUUAUUUUACCACGAUUCUAUAAAAUGUUUCAAAAUUUAACGCAUACUUUUCUUUGCUAGUGUUGCUGAUUAUUGAAAAUCCAAGACACAUUAUACAGCUUUUUCUCUAUUUUUUAGUAUUUUAAAAACAUUUAUAAAAUUGAAUAACGUUAAAUGUCAAACUAAGGAUGCUUUUUUUAAAUAAUUACUAUUGUUAACGCUAACUAAUGGUUAACACUACAAGCAAACUAUAGUACUUUUGCAAUAAUUCCUAUUUGUUUUACCUAAUAAAAAUAUAUUUACAGGUUGUUAGUACUUGUAAGUGUUGAUAUGGCUGAAAACAUAGCGUUCAGUGACUGGUCGGAAAAACUUGAUACUGCCGGAACUAAUCAUUGGCUUCCUGCGUAUGGGCUCCAGCAACCGCCGAUGGCGAUAGUUGGCAAUAGCCACCAACAAAACGAUUCUACAUUCGAUUCCGGCCCUCAUGAUCACACAGACUAUUUCGGUGACAACAAUGGUAAUUAUAACUUACCACAUACACAUAUACACGUUUUAUUUAAUGAAAUAUAUUAUUAUAUACGCAUACGUUUACACAACUAUACAGAACGUGAUCAACAUUAUGUAAAACACUAAAUAUCUGGGAUAGUAUUACCUUUUUCGUAAUUUAUUAAGAACAUUUGAGAAACAGGCAGAUCUAAAAUUUGACAUUCACUUUAUUUUUCAUCACCUUUAUUUUAGAGGUUCUACCAAAAUCAACGAGAACAAAAUGUCCAGAGUUCAGAAGGAAAUAAAUAUAUAUAUAAAAAAAAGAUGGACAUACUUCUUCGCACAAUGGGUGGACCACUAUUGUAGGUGUUUAGGUAAGAUAUACAGGGGAAUUUAAUGUAUAUCUGUACGCAACGAUUAAUCCUUGCUAACGAUAAACGAUUCUGAACGGAAUUUAGUUACAUAUUUGAAAGCCGUAAUAUUUACAAUUUUUGUAGUUUCAAGUCUACGAGUAUUAAUCACUGAAUCUCAAUAAAAACAAAAUUUAAAAUAAUACAUUUCGUAAAUUUUCCCCUUUUUCCUACGUUUCUUCCUAAUUGUUAUGAAAACUGCUUGGAAAAUCAUAAAAUGACCUUCGUAAAGUACCAUUCCAGGAAAGUUCCCUAUCAAAAAAGUGUUAAACUUGAUACUUCAAAGUAAAAUUUCUAGUAAAAUGUUUGUACACAGUAUAAAAAAAUAAUAAAUAAAUAAAUAUCGUUGUAAAACCAAUGUAUUCCUCACUCCUCUCAGAAACAAAAAAAAAGAAUUAAGGAAAAAGAAAAUAAAUAAAUUUAAUUUUUGUAAAUUAUUUAUUUAUAUGUACCUCUUUUAAGUUAAAAAUAAAUUAAAUAUAAUUUAAAUACGUGAUAAUGAGAUUAAUAGGUAUAAUAAUCAUUCUAAUUUUGGUCUUAAAAGUUAUAUAAAUUACAAAAGAAUAAAAUUGACCGAAAUUAUAUAUAAACAUCGUAAAAUAAAAUCAUGAUCAAAAAAAAAGAUCUGGUACAGAAGAUGAGAUUGUUGUAGGUAGGAAGUUGGAAAGUAGGAUACACCAUUACGAAUAAAAAGCGAUUCGGAGUGAAGUUUUAAAAGGCCAUAAUAUUUACAAUUUUCGUCAAAAUUUGAUAUUAUAAUAUGUAUACAACAAAAAAAAAAAAAAAAAAAAAUAUACACAGUACACGAUAGUCAAUUCUUUUUUUAGUGCAUCCUAUUUCUUAUAAUGAACCUCCCGUUAAAUUUUCAAACAUUCAUGUGUGGUCAAAAAAUGUUAUCAACAUAGUAUCUACCAAAUAAAAAUUACGUAAAGACUUGCAUAGUGAAAAUAUCCAUAAAUAGCUCAAAAAUGUUUUGAAAAUUUUACCACGUUUAAAAAACAAAUUAUAAGUCCAAAUCUAAGUCUCUUUGAAUAUUUUAAAUUGAAUCGCAACAAAAAACAAAAUUACACAUAAUAGAUUUCGUAAAUUUUCCCAAUUAUUAUGAUAACUACUUGGAAAAUCAAAAAGCAAAUAAUUUCGUUAGUAAUUAAAUCCAAAAUACAACAAAUAAGAUCUCUAGGCAAUUUUUGAUUUAAACAAUAUUUUUAGUAGGAAACGUAGUUUGCACACAUUCAAAAAAUGAAGACGGUAAUGCUGCUGCAUGCUUGAUGUAAAUAUUUGUCAUUUUAUAGUUAUAGAUUGUUUCCGGUUUUUCGAAAUGAUUGUGAAAAUCCCUUGCAAAAUCAAAAAUGAUGUCCCUAAUACGCCAACUGUACUCCGACCCACAAGAGAAGUAAACCGUUUCGCGUAUGUAGACUGACGACUACUGUCCUGUUUCCCUCACUUUAUUUCAUACAUGCACGUAACUUAUGGGACGCGUUUUAGUUGGCAUACGGUUUACUUCUAUUGUGGGCCGGAGUGUUGAAAUAAUUUUGAUCCAAGAGUAAGUUUUCUUUUCGAAAAGUUGUUUAUAGACAUAAAAUUAAAAAGACGAACAUGCUUGAUGAGUGGACCUCUGUGGUAGAAAGGUAUUCGUAUUUAUUUAUUAAUUGGGAAAGUAGGAUAUAGAGGGGAAUUUAAUUUAUAUCUGUACUCGACGAUUAACUAUGCUAAUGAAAGACGAUUCGAAGCGAAGUUUUCUUUAUAUAUUAUUUACAUUGUAAGUUCAUUUUUCCGAUUUUUCCCAAUUCUUAUGAUAACCGCUUGGAAAAUCAAAAAAUGACCUCCUUAAAGUACUACCCGAAAUACAAAUUUUCGUAGCAAGAUUCCUAAUUACAAAGUUGUUCACAGAUAAAAAAAAAAUAUCAUCAUUGUAAUACCUAUCGAUUUCUCGCUAUAUUCCAAAUUGAAAACACAUCAUACUGGAACCAGUAUAUCCUACGCUCCGCUCCGAAUCUUAAAUUAUUUUAUUAUUAUUGUACACACAUUUUUACAAUAAUUUGUCGAAAAAGAAUUAUUGUUUUAACGCAAUAUUAUUAGACAUUACACCAAUUAAUACAGGGAUGCCAUUUCUAUCUACUCUAUUGACAAAUUUAAAAAUACGUUUGUCUGUAUUAAUUCAACUUUUUCUCUGGACCCGUGACCAAAUUUGCAUAGUGCAUAUUCGUUCCUAUACUUGUAUUUCUCAUAAGGAAAUUCUAAUAGAUAAAAUUAUUGGUUUGUUUUUCAUUAACUGGAUUAAUUUUUGUAUUAUUUGUAACUUAUGACAUAUUUUUACGAUAGAAAUUGUAGGGACACAAUGAUGUAUAUUUUUUUUUUCAAGUGAACAACUUUUCUAUCAGACAUUUUGCUCCGAUUUUCAAGUAGACCUUUUGUAAGAAGAAAUUUGACUGAGGUGAUAAUUAAUGGAGGUUUUUUUCUGAUUUUUCCAAGAAUUUUCAUAAUAAAUGAGAAAAAUCGAAAAAGUUUACGAAAUUUAUUUUUGUAUAUCGUAAAUAUUACGGCCUUUCAAAUCAUAUGUAAACGAACUUCGCUCAGAAUCGUUUUCCGUUAGUAAUUGUUUUUCAUUGCGUACUAACAUAAAUUAAAUCACUACCUAUGUAUUCUUCCUCCUCAACUUCCCACCUACAACAGCAAUAUCAACUUUUAUCAUUUUUAUUUAAUUUUAAAUGUUUUAAUACGUAUUAUAUUAUUGUGAUUUAUUUGUUUUUCCCUGGUUAUUGUUAAAUUUGAAUACAUAAUAAUAAUUAAUAAUACCAUAUUAUUAAUUUCAUAUUAUGUGCAUCUAUUUUAUUAACGUAGUUACUGAGGAGACAACGGGGAUACUUUUAAAAUCAAUUUUUUUAUAAUAAUAUUACAAAUAGAAUAAUAGUUUUUAUCACGGUUAUAGACGACGACCUUUGCAAUUUCAAGAUUCUAACAUUCGAUUCGUGUGCCGUGUAUUCUUGGGGCUUUUUUCAUUUUUAUAGCUACCACUUUGUAGUGGUGACAAGAUGUGUAAUAUUUUAUGUAUCACAGUGAAAUAGGCAUUGGUAUCAUUUUUAAUUUAAUACCACAAACAAGUUUAAUUAUUUAAAAAAAUGUAUAUAAUAAAAAUAAAUUCACUAUCUUAGACAAGAGUUAUAAGUUUGCAAAAAAAAUAGACUCAUGAGCUUAUAAAUAUUUAAAAAUAAGUGUGCAAAAACUAAAAUUUGCGUAUACAUAUUUGGUUUUUUUACAUUGAAAGACUUUUAAAUAGUUUUAAAAAAUUGCCACCCCAACUCUAAUUUCUGAUUACACUACUCAUCUACUAUAUAAGUACUUGGAACUAUGCUAAUAAUUAUUAAUUUUAAAUAUUAUACUCGUAUAAUACAUAGGUGUACAGUUUAUCGCAGGAACUUCGAAAAAAAAUAGGCCAGUAACGAGGUAGAAUUACUACCUACCGUUAUUUGGCUUCACGGAAACUACUUGCAGUUUUAAAUCCAUUCCAUUUCUCGAGCGCGUCAUCACCGUUCACUCGUGCUAGAUUUUUUUUUUUUGUAAUAGGUACAUUCUAAUACGAUAAGAGCAAAAUAUCACUACUGACAAAAAAAAAGAAUUAUACUCGUUCUAUAAAAUAAUUAUCUAUAGAAAUUUCAUGGUUUUUUUUUUUUUUUUUUUAAGAAUAAUAGUUUUAUUACUGUAUAGUUUGCAACUGUGUUUUUCAUACAAAGAAUAAAACAUUUAUACCAAUUUGACUAUUAUGUAUAUAUUGUUUAUAGUGUAUAUUUGUGGGAUCGAGUUUAUUAUUUUAUUUAGACGUUCGAUACUAUUUUACACAUUUUAGACUGUUAAAAUAGAUGUGUGUACGGUGUUCAUAGAGCGUGCUGACUGAUGACCUUAUAUUGUGUGUAAAACGCAGUAAACGUGAGUUAUGUUUUGAUUACUGAUGGUAAUUAAAUAUCUUAUCUGGUUGAAAAUGUCUUUUUUGAAAUAAAACUGAACAGUGGUAUUUUUUUUUCUAAGAGAAUAUAUUCUAAUUGUAAAUUGUAUUAUCUUAAUUAAAAUUGUAAAAUUUACUUUUUUUAAAAAAUAUAUUUAUUAUUAUUGUUAUUUUUUUUAUACAAAUUAUCUUUUGAUGACAAAUAUUGCCGUUUUAUAGCUACCAUCCAUGUUGUGUUAAAAUCGCAAUUUAUUAUGAUAUAAGGUUUAUUUCAAAAAAUAAUACACGGAUAAAGACAUAAAAUGCAUUUAUAGGUAUAUUUAAGUAAAUAAAUAAAAUUUGAUAGCAUCUGAUAUGUAAAUAAUUCUUAUAUAAAUGUGUUGGAAAACUUCCAAAUAGGUUUAUAUAUAUAUAAUGUAUAAUAAAUAAAACUUGUUUAUUACUUCAAUUUAUAUGAACAACUAUAAUAAUAUAGUAUUACACAGUGAUUAACUAAUUGCCUACAAUAAAUGUUCAUUAUAACAUACAUUUUUAAAUUCUGUUUAAAUUGUUUAAAAUGUUCUGUUGUAUUUUAGAUUCGAAGCUGAGCGUAGAGCAAAGGAUCUAUUGGUUUUACCAUUAUGUUUGUUUUUAUUUUGUCUUUUUUCUCGAAAAGAAAACUUUUUCCAGUGUAUUAUAUGUAACACCUUUUCUAAAAGGAAAUUUUAUCGAGUUGGUGCAUUAAAGAGGUAAUUUUUUGAUUUUCCUAGGGGUUUUCAAAAUAAUUGAGAAAAACUGGAAAAAGACAAACAAUGAAAACUGACAAAAUUUUCAGUAAAUUUAAUUUACCGCAUUACGGUUUUAUUAUUUUAAAUUUUUACGCCUUAUAUUUUCUACCAGAAAUAUUACUCCAAUAAAAAAACGAUAAGAGAUUUUUUUUUUUAAAUAUUUAAACUAGUCGAUGAGUAUGAUAGUCGUUUUUAAUUUUCCCCAUAGUGAUUUCAAUAAUAGAACAAAACCGAAAAAAAACGUUGAAAGACCUGAAAAAUGUACGAAAAUAAUGUUUUUUAAAAAAUUAGGAAAAGCGGAUACAUAUUUACGGCUUACCGCGACGUUACGAUUAUAUUGUUUUAAUUUGUACGCACUAUAUUUUUAACAAGAAACAUUGCUUUAAUCGAAAAACAACAAGAUACCUACUUUGUUGUUUUUUGAAUCUUGUUGAAGAGUAAGAAAAUUGUUUUUUGAUUUUUCGUGAAGUUUUGUUAAUUAUCGAGCAAACCGGGAAAAUAUGUAGAAGGAAUGGGAAAGUGUACAAUAAUAAUGGUUUGUUAUGUUAAAUUUUGUUUUUUUUUUGUUAAAAUUCAGUUAGAAAUAGUUGACAGAAAAAUUUUAUUUGCGUUUUCUAGACAUAGUAAAAUUUUCAAAACAUUUUGGUUAUUUUGGUGCUAUUAAUAAGCAUUUUAUAUUUGCGAGUUUUUUUACACAGUAUUUAUUUGGUAGGUACUAUACUAUAUGUAGAUCAAAUUGGUUAAUCAAACUUAAAUGUUUGAAAAGUUAACAGGAGGUUUAUUAGAAGUUAAUGUAGUAAUUUGUUUGUUUAUUAUGCUUUUAAGAUCAUAAUAUGUUGAUAUGUUGUUUAAAAUUGUAAUUGAAUUUUAGAUUAUGUAUUUUUUAUUAAAUUGCAUCAUAUUAUAAUAAAUAAAAUAACUGAUGGGGGAAUGGAGUAUGAAAUGAUAUAAUACUUAACCCCGCUGUCCGCUGUAUCAUAUGUGAUAUAUAUAUGAUAUUAUGGUUAUUGGUUAUACUAUGUAUUAUAUAUGUGGAUGAGUAACAUUAAAACAAAUAAUAUAUACAAUAUCGUAAUUAUCAUUACAACAUGUAUAUGUGUGCAAUAUACGGACCAAUAAUAUUUUGAGGUGUACCUAAUAUUGUAAUUGUAAUUUUAAUUACCUAUUAUCAGACCUUGCUGUUGAUGUGAUAUCUUUUUGAGUCCCUUGAAAUCUCAUUGGAUCCCAGUCUACCACAUCAGUGAAAGUUGCAUGCCGGUACCUUACCAAUUCAGCUAUUCCCGUCCUUAAUGAUGUUAGUUACCAUUAUUUCUUAUUGUAAAUAUUGAAAUAUUUUGUAUUGUUGGAAUAAAUAAGUUGUUUUAAAUUUAAAAAAAAAUUUGAUUAGUUUAAAAUGAAUAGAUAAAUAAUACAAAUCAUCAUUAUUAAAAAUAAUUGUGAGUGAAGCUCAGUUAAAACUUUUCCCUAAAUUUAAAUUGGAUUUUUAUAAUUUUUAACUAAAAAAUAAUUUACAAUUUUUCGCGAUUUCUAAAACGCGAUAAAAAAUAAAGUAUUGUCUUACUUUGUACUUUUUUCAGAUGAAAAUGUUCUGUCUAUAAUUAUUUGUUGAUAAAAAUAUCGGAUUUAGUCAAAACACUAUGUUACAACAAUUCCUAGUUUACUAUCAUAUUUCCACGAUUCAUCCCCAUUAAUAUAAAAGGGCAAACAAAUUUGUACUUAUAAGGUGAAAAUAAUUUGUCCUAGAAUAAUGGGGAUGGGUGCAGCACUGUUGUAGGUGGAAAGUUGAGAAGGUAGGAUAUAGACGAAAAUAUAAUGUAACGAUAAACCAUUUCUAACGAAAAAAACUAUUCUGAUCGGAGCUCGGUUUAUAGUGUUGCUUUGUCAACAAUAUAUAAUAUGUUAUAUUAUAGUAAAAUAAUUAAAUGUGAAUCAAAUAUUUUCUUUAAUAAUAUUUGUUUAUUAUUGUAUACUGUUUUUCCUACAUUUUAUCCCGGUUCUCCCAUGUUUUUUUUUUCAGUUUUUUCUAUUUAUUGGGAAAAUCAAAAAAUGACCACCCUAAAAAAUUUCCUCAAUUUAGUUUCCUUUCAGAAAAAAUGCUAUCAUUGUAAAUCUGAGCAAAAUUGAAGACCUUAGAGCUUCAGCCAGACAUGUCCUUCUUCAAAUUUUUCAGUUAGCAAAUAAAAACGUUUUUAAUUCCAAAAAAUGUUUACAUUUAAGUUAAAAAUGUUAAAAAUGGUUGAUUUUAGUUUUAGAAUAAGUAUUAACAUAUGAUUCUAUAAAUAAUGUUUAAAUUUCAAUAAACCAUUGCUAACGAGAAAACGAUUCUGAGCAUGGUUCAAUUGAUAGUAUAGUGAUGUUUUGUCAACAAUAUAUAUGUCAUAUUAUGGUAAAAUAAUUAAAUAGGCAUCAUAUAUUUUCUUUAAUAAUAUUAGUUUAAUAUUGAUCCCAUUUUUCGGGUUUUCCCAUGUUUUUCAUGUUUGCUGGGAAAACUCCUGGGAAAAUUUAAAAAUGACCUCUCUAAAGUACUUCCCCAGCAAGAUUUUCUUUUAGAAAAAAUGCUAUCAUUGUAAAUCUGAGCAAAAUUUCUGAUAGAUAAAGUUGUCCAAGAAAAAAAAAAUCGUAAUAUUUUAACCAAUACAUUCCUCGCUCCACUCAGAAUCUAAAAUGCUACCAGAAAUCAUUCUCUAUUUGUGAUAAUUUGAUCAAUUAUAAGUAGAAAUAAAAUAGUAAAUACACAUCUGAUAUAUCAUAAUAUAACUCAAUAUUCUGCCCAGGAACAUAUUUUGCAAAUAUUUGGAUAAAUUAUUGAUGUAAAUGUCUUAAAUUAACUUAUAUCGUAUUAUGGUGGAGUUAAAAUGUAGAUUUGACAUAUUUGAAUUGCCGUUUCAAUAAAUCCCUCCCUCUUUAUAAUAUUUUAAUUCCGGCAUUCUACACUUGACACCCCAACAGCCCGUGAGGAAAUUCCUGGCACCUCUGUUGGCCAGUAUGCGACUGACAGCAUGUGUCAUUUCGUCCUUCAAACUGAUCUCGUUUCCGUUUUCCUUAUGGAUGUACAAAUAUGCAUAGUUACGGAGUUCUCUGAUUGAAUGCAAUAUGUAUUCGUUAUUGAUCACAUUUUUUUGUCUUCAGUUUAUUAUAGUAACUAUACGGCCACAAACAAACCACAGCUGAUGCUAUAGAUAAUAUUAUGCCUGUAUAAAACAAUCUAUGAAAUAUGUUACACUGUUUUCCGAUAAAUUGACAAAACAUUAUACUAAAUUAUAAGCUACAAAUAUUUUUUAUUAAUAUUGUAAAAAUAAAUUGUAGAAACACAAAUAACCACCCAAACUGCAUUUCUAUAAUAUGGUCACAGAAUCAUAACUAACAACACAAAAUAAAUAAAUAAUAAACAAAAAAUAUUGAUUGAUUAUAAAGUUUAUUUGAAUGUUAAACACAAAAUUCCUCAUUGUAUUCCUUUAAUGUAAUUUAUGUGCAUUUGAUAGUUUUAUUUAAUUUAUUGAAAUUAUUUAUUUUUCUUCUGUUACAGAUGAUGAUCUAUGCGAUAAUGGUGACGAAGAUAACUGGUCUUCGUUCAACCAAAAUAAUUAUAAUGGAAAUCUUGUUAGAAGUACGUCUUAUAUUUACCUAGAAACAAUUCUUGAAGAAACUUCUGAUGACUUGCGGACAGAUUCGGAAAGAAGUAGCGAAGAAGGUAACAUACAAUUUCACUUUAAAAAUAAUUAUGGUUUUUCAUUUAAUACAUAUUUAAUAUUGAAUAUUGCUUUGUCUACUAAUCACAAUUGAUUGAUAAAUUAUUAUUCAAAACAAUUUUAGUUUUAUUAAUAAAAUGAUAAUUAAUUGGUAGUCAUUUUAACGUUUUAACUAAAUAAAUCUAUUUUAUUUAUAUUUUUAAAUAAAUUUAAUAAUUACUAAUAUCUACAUUUUCACACAUUGGCAGCUAUUUAGUAUUAGUUACUUUUCAUAUAAUAUACAAUUUAUAUUAGCUGUAAUUUGAUAAUAAUUUUAAUCAUAAUCUUGUUUUAAUUUAAAUUCUGUGUUUUUAGUUUUUUUAGGGUAUGUACCCUAAUGUUAUUUUCCCAUUCUUCAAUUAAUGUCUUAAGUAACAAUUUAAAUUUUUAAUAUUUUGUUGUGAAAUGGUUCAAUUUCAGAUGACAGUGAAUGUUAAUAUAUUUUUAUUUAUGAUAUACUUUUCACUUGAACAUAUCAUUUAUUUUAAACUUGUAUUUAUUCAAACUUUCGUGAAAGAAAAAUCUCUACCAAGUAUUGAAAUUUGUAUGACCUUUAAAAAAAAAACAUAACAAUUAGCACAUGUGAAAAAGUCUAUGUAUGACUAUGAUUGUAAAUGUACAAGGUACUGUUAUUAAAUAUAAUAUAUAUACAAGUGUUCCACAAAGAUCUGACAAAUGCAAUAACUUUUGUUAUGUUCAAUAUUUUCAAGUUUUUUUUCUUGUGAUAAUUACUAAAUCCAUGAAUGUUAUUUUAUAAAUAUUUAUGAUACACCCAAUAUUGUUUUAAAGAUCUAUAUUUUUUUUAAUUUAAAUUUUUUAGUUAAAAAAAAUGUAGAAAAUAGAAAUAUCAUAAAGCUUUAGUAAUUAUUACACGAAAAAAUUUAAAAUAUAAUGUAGUUAAAUUUAAAUUAUACAGACAUUUAAUGUAGGUAAAUAGGUUUUUAAUAUACAACCUACAUUAGAACAUAGAUCAUAGCUAUUGCCUAUUAUAAUAUUAUAACUGUACAAGAUCGCACAUUUAUUUUUUAUCUUUUUUUUUUUCCAUAGUAUGUGUUAUUACAUUAACUAGUUUCAAACAUGUGACUCAUCUUAUGAACUACACACCUAACAUUCCAUUUAACAGAAUUCCAUUUUUACAAUGACCCGUUUUAUUCAAACCUGAAAAUGUUCGACUAUGCAACCUAAACAACACAUACGUUUUUUUUAUCAAAUGUUUUGCUCAAUUUUGUUGAAGGAGAUUCUAUAAUUAAAAAUAUUACUUUAUAUACUUUAUUUAAGUCUCAAAUGUCUAACGUUAAUCUAAACUAACAUACCAUCAUUAUAUUAUAAAUUAAUAUUAUCAAUAAGUAUAUUCUUAGAUUACUAAUUAUAUUUUUUUAAAUUUACUAAAGUUGAAAUUAGUUUUAUACUGUAAAUCAAAACCAUGAUGAAUGUUUUAAGUACCUUAUUAAUGAGAAGUAAAUUUGAUUUACUUUAAGAGAUACAAGAACUACAUUUAUAUGUAAGAAGCAAAACAUUGGCAAUAUAUUAUAUGCAUUAUACCUAUUGACGUAUUGUAAAAUUUCGUUAUUUUGUUCAUUUGACUAGUUUUGUAAGGAAAGCUAUUCAGCAUUCAAUUUUUAACGUUUCUCAAUUUAUUUUUUGUUAUAAAAUUGAUAUAUUUUUGUAAGACAUUACGAUCUCUGAAUUUGAAUCAGUUUGAGUUCUUGGUUUUAUUGUAUAAUUGUUUGAGAAAUAUGCCCUUCUUGUUACAUGUUUGUUUAAAUUUAAAAUACGUAAUUAACAACUAUUCUGAAUGAAGUAAUUUUAAUCGUACUUUUUCCCCUUGUUGCCAAAGUUAUCUUGAAAUUAAAAAAAAUAAAACCAAUGCAUUGACAUUUGUGUAUCACAUAAGUAAAGUAUAAACAAAUUAAAGUUUCUUCCUUAAUUAGGAUAUUAUUUUUGAGAUAAUUUUAAUAAUAUUAAAACGUAAGUCCUAAACAACUGUAAGGAGCAUUGAAUCGCAUGUCCAGCAUAUAACGGGUCACUCGACAAAUAACUACUUGACAUCAAGCCACGUUAUAACUACAAAAAGCCAUUCGAAAAAUCACCAUCAACAUAAUCCGAAAAAAUAUCUUACAAUAUUGUUAGUCAUAUAUUCAUUUAACAGAAUUUAUAUCAUCAAAAGGCCUCACGACAAUUAACCGAUAUAAAGCCUUAAAUCAUAUGCAAUACACAUUGUAUAUGAUCAAGCAUAAAACAACACAAUAACAUACAACACUACCAGCUGAACUAUACAUAUUGACCUUUCUAAUAAUAUACAUAAUAAGAAUGUAGUCAAUUUAUUUUACCUAAUUUUAUGAUUGAUAGUAUUAUGUGUUCUUGUGUGGCUUUAUGUCUAGUGGUUAUUUUUUCGGGUGCUUUUUGACAAUUUAAAUACCGUGUGGUAUGUGUACCCAAAUAUUAUAUGAUUGAAACUGUGAUAUUUUUAGAUUCUGAGCUGGUUUUACUCCAAAGUGUAACGCAUUUUCUGAAGGCAAUUUUCGUGGUGGUUAGUACUUAGAGAAGGUCAUUUUUUUGAUUUUCCAAACAGUUUCCAUAAAAAUUGGGUGAAAAAGGGGAAAAUUUAUAAAAUGUAUAAUUUUAAUAUUUGUUAUUUGUUGUAAUUUAAUGAUUAAUAUUUGUAGAGAUUUGAAAAUUUGAUAGAAAAAUUAAAUUUGUCUUUUAUAGACAAGGUAAAAUAUUCAAAACAUUUUUGAGCUAUUUAUAGACAUUUUAAUUUUAUGAAUUUUUUCCGUAAUUUUUAUUCGUUAGGUACUCAAUGGAUAAAAUUGUUUAACCAUACAGAAAUGCUUGAAAAUUUGACAGAAGUUUCAUUAUAAGUCGUACUUUGUCUUCAAAAAAAAAAUUGACUGUAAGACGGGUAAAAUUUGUGAAAAUAAUAUUUUAAUAAUUUUAAAUUUUCGGUUUUUAAUGUAAUGCAGUUAAAAAUAUUUGUAGAACUUGAAAUUUUAAAAGAGAACUUUUAUUUGCCUUUUCUAGACGAAGUAAAAUUUUCAAAACAUUUGAGCUAUUUUAGAACUUAUAUAGACAUUGUAACUUUACUAGUUUUUAUAUGCAAUAUUUAUUUCGAAGGUACUACUCUGUAGAUAAAACAGAAGUGCUUAAACAUUUUAUAGGAAAUUCAUUAUAAGUUAUACUUAAUAGUUAGCAAAAAACAUUGUGUUUAAUGUAUUAGUUUUUUUUUUUUUUUUUUUAUAUAUAAGUAUAUUAAUUUAAAAUUUGGACGAAAAUCGUAAAUAUUACGGCCUUUCAAAACAUAUUUAACCGAAUCCCGCUCAGAAUUGUUUUUCGUUAUCAAUGAUUAUUCGUUGUGACAGAUAUAAAUUAAAUUUCCUUGUAUAUCCUACUUUCCCAACUUCUCACAUAUAACAAUGGCCCACCCAUCGUGCGAAGUAUGUCCAUUUGUUUUUUUAAUAUUCACUUUUGAGUAUCGUUUCGCUUGUAAUAUUUUUUUAUUUUGAAUGUGAUUACCAUUUAUAUUCACUGACCUUUUUCAGAUUUCAUCAGGGAAGAAAACUGGUCUGUAAAAAAUCGCGAUCCAUUCAACUUGUUUAAUUCGAGUGAUAAUAACAAAACGGGCCUCAGAAUGUACGAUAAUAAUGACCCUGGCGUUCAUGACGAUGACGAUAAUGAUACGGUCUUCUACAGGGAUGACUUGCAGGAUCAUCAUGUGUGGACUACUAGUGGGUUAACGAACGGUUGUGGUGGUAGUGGUAGCUUAUUGCAAUUCGAAAGUUUAGAAAAACAAUGUGAACAGACAGUAUUCCGGACCACCGCCACUGCGGCACCAUUUAUGUCCAACAGCGCUGAGUCACUAAACUCUAAUCGUCCAACGACAGGUGUUUCGCGUCGACAUAACAUGAAAUACCUAUCGGCAAUUGCAGGGGUAGACGAUGAAUGCAAUACAAUAGACGAAGACGAAACCAUGUUGUGCAGUACGCCUUUCUCGAGUUACGCAGGUGACGGGUCGUCCAGCGUUAAGUCUUUGAGCAAGAGCGUGGAGAGUGUGCAUUCAGCCGCCAGUCGAAAACGGUAUAACAACAAGGACAACAUGAACGACGUAUCUCAGAGUCUGGAAGAUUUGCGACGGUGCAGGGAUGACGGACUUCAAUAUGAUUCGACGACAACCACGGUGGCGUGCACCGCUCAACCAGCGGCUGGCAUGUACAAAACGGUAGAUUGCCUGAUCGACCCGGCUUACCGAAAAACAUCUGUAGACGAUGAAACAGACGAUAAAAAACCGGAAGACAUCAUACAGGUAGUUGGGUGUAAGCAGCAACAGCAGCAGCAGCGAUCAUCCGAGAACUUAAGUGAGGAUAGCGGUUUCGGCGAUCAGGUGCCUCGUGGUCCAGCUGUGCAAACGUAUAAACCAAUCGUUGAGGAUGAAAACUAUUUUGAGAUGUCGACAAAAAGUAUCGUGACGAUUGCUGCCGCUUUGGCCCCAGUCAUAUGUGGCGUCACGGAAAAGGGAACGGAGAAUGACAGCGGUGGUGGCGGUGGCGACGACGACGACGACGACGGUAACGACGCCGACGACGAAGUGAAAUCUAAAUUUAGCACGGCCUGGCACGGCUAUCCCGAUCUGGGCGAUCGACCGUCAGUGACUACGGAAUCUCCUACGACCGACGACGACGACGACGACCAUCACCGCCGCCAUCAACACCAUCUCCAUCACCUCGACGGUAUGAUGGCGUCUCGUUUGCCCAUGUCAAGCACGCCAAACUUAUGCGCCGAAGGUCUACUGGCAGAGUCUGGCGGGGACUAUAUGCGCUCUAAAAAACUUCUUGAUUCCACCGUAUCGUUGGACAGAUCGCAUUCGUUGAAACGUAUACACUACGAGAGUGAGUCGGCUUUAAGUAUCGCAUCUUCGCGUGGCAGUAAUCUACUGAUAACCACCAGUUUUGUCAGCUUAGCCGCGGCGCCAACUCCCAACAAAGGCGUACAUUUUUGUCCCGUCGUGUCUGAAGUCAAUUGGCGCGAAAGUUUCAGUAGUAGCAGCUGCACCGAUAUCGGUGAUAAUGGGUCAGACGAACCGCUGGAAACAGAAGAUGAUGACGACUACGACCGGGUCAGUGACGAAGUCGACGAAAACAUCGACACGAUGGUAAUGAAACUACUUACCAGUUUACCGUCGGAAACCAAACGUCCGAGUGUGGCGGAAAAACAACAGCUGCGCGAACGUCUGGACUUCAUUACUGGUGGCUCCCCACCAAUGUCUCAUAGGAUCUGUGCCGCGCCCACCAAUGCCACGGCCACCGGUUCUGCGGUGCCGCCCGUCGGCGGCGAAAACAGUCGCAAUACUCGCAGUGUGCAAUUGCGACCGGCCGAAGUCGAAACGCCCGCCGUUGCCAUGUCGUCCAAGUCUAAAUCGAUCGGUGGCAAGCUUGGUGGAUUUUUCCAACGGUUUUCGUUGCGUAGGCUGAGCGGCCGGCGCAACAAAAACAAGAAGAAACAAAAAGUAGAAGAAGUUGGCGACGUGACGUUUACAGCCCGGGUGGCCACGAUGGCAGCACCAUCGAGCAAUAAUUGUAGACCUGAUACGCCGCCACCACCCCCGCCCGUUUCAAGCCGAUCGUCUACGGCCGGUGACAGGGGUAAAAAACCGCCGUUACCUCCGCAACCCCCAAUAGCCGACGGGAACACAACGCGCCGGCGCCUCAUGUACGAUGAAAAUCGCGGUAGCCAACUAUUACCAUCGCCGGCAUUGCCGACAGCCGGCAGUCGCGCGUCCCUGCAAUCGCGGUCGCCCGCCGCCGCCGCCGCUAUGUCCCGUCCGGAUCACCGAGCCGGUCUACUAGAGACCGACUUGGACUCAAACGUGACCAGAACAUCAUCGUCAUCACUUAUGAUGGGCGGCGGUGGAUGCAGUCCGAACAAAAAGGCCCGUAGUCUGCUCGACCUGGGUGCAUCGUCAGCCAAAUUGUCUUUGGCCCCCAACGACUCGAACAGACCAUCCGUCGACGGAUCGUCCUCUAAUUCAACCGACUACAGGGCCAAAUCAAUGGAAUUUCUAUUGGACAAAGAAAAUCAAGCGGCUGUUCAGGUAACAAUAGUUAUAAUUAUUUUAGAAAUAUAAAUUGCAAAUAUAUAGGUAAUAUUGUUAUGUUUAAUAAAAUAUACAUAUCGAGUGUGCAGGUAUCAUAUUUUAUAUUGAAACCAUAAUCGAUCCGUUAGGAUUAAUAUGUUGUUUAACGAAAAACGACUGUUUUUAAUCCGAAUAUUACGAUGGACGAUUUAUAUAGGUCACCAGGAAUAAUUCGGGUGGUAGCGAAUUUUGUGGGUCAUUCGGUACACGUGGGGGGAGGGACUGUUUGGCAGAACGCAAUCAAUACACUCAGCACAGCAUCGUAACUCGAAUAAACUGUAUAGAGAAGAAAAAUUGCAUUCUUUUAAAUAUAAUAAUAUCGUGAAACACAAUUGAUCAAAAUAUAGGUAACUAAUAUACUAUGCUAAUAUAAAUAUGUUUUAUUGUCUCGUACACAUACGAGUGUAACACAUAUUUUUGGUAUAUUAUUAUGUAAAUAUGAGUUAUUCCACGUUGUUAAAUGAUGUACACCAAUAUAUUAUGACAUUAUAUCGUAGAUUUAAAAUGCCUUAUCCGUCAUUAUUUAUAUUAUUUUCUAUUCUAUUUUUGUUUUUUUUUAAUUAUAUUAAUAUGAUAUAAACCACAGUGUUAGGGUGAAACACUCUUUACUGUUAUUAAAAUUAUUGUAAGGUCUAUUGAGUAUUAAUUUCUUACAGAACGGUGCCGUCGUUUAUCGAAAAUAUAUACUAUGUCAAAUCCCAUUAAUCGCAAGAGUAAGUUAAAUAUGUUUUCAUCUAAAACGAAUUUUGUGUGUUCCUGCCCUUCUAUCCACCUCGUCAUAUUUAGGUCAUAUUAUUUGUUUUUUUUUUUUAAUUUAUGUUAAAUUUUGUAUGGAAAUACAUCCGUACAUAGUGUUUAUAACAAUAAUAUAUACUGUUACAGUGUACGAGUAUAUAGAGUCGAACCCUUUAGUAUAAUAUAAAUAAUAGUAUCCCAUGAAUGCUGUAUUUGUUGUAAAACGCGUAUUCAAAGUCAUUUUGAUUCAAUGAUUUCACAAUAUUAUUAUUUUCAAAGUGUAAAAUAUCAUGCGUUUAUUAAAAAUAGUAAUAACCCACUGAUGUGAAAAAUAUGCAUUAAUGAUUUUCGAUGAACUGUAAAAACGUGAUAAUAAUUUUAAAUUGAAUUAGCACAAAGAACGGGUGUCUGACUGCGAAUACCAAACUAAAUGAACUCGCUCCACAGAAAAUAAUAAUACUGCCUUAUUAUAAGUCUAAAACAAUUGUUCAAAACAUUUUCAUUGUUUGUAUAUGUAAAUACCAUCAUGCUAUAUAAUUUAUGAAUGUACAGUGACAUUGGAUACAUAUCAAUUCGAUUUGAACAAGUUGCACGGAAAAUGUUUUAUUUGUGUGAAACGUAAAUUAUUUUACCGUUAUAAAUAAUUGAUUUUAUUCUAUAAUUCGAUUAUAUUUUUAAUACGAUUACAGUUGAUCGAUUUUCGUUUACAAGUAUGUAUUUAAAUAUUAUCAUUAUUGUAUUAACUAAGUAUUGGUAUAAUAUCAGAUAGGCUACCUACAUACUUUUUUCCGGUGGAGACGAUUCGUUUAUUGUUUCCUUGGUCCCAGAAAAGAGGGGCUUAAGUUAAUUUUUUUUAGUUUUUAUUACAAAUAAAUUCAAUUUUGAAAAUACAUGCAUCUAUACCACUUAAACUAAAACAUAAAGGAAAAAAAAUUACACAAGUGAAAAUUUAAAAAAAAAAUUACAAAAAUCGACAAAAGCCCUUCUUACCAGGGACCAAAAAUGUAUUACAUACAAAUAAAAAUCAACAAAUUUAAAAUAUAAUUUGUUUUAUUGAUUAGAUAUUAACGAGUUAUAAUAAUAAUAUUAUCAUUCGUUCGGAUUUAUUCUUCUAAUGCCAGCUAUAUUUAGUAUUACUAUAUCUAAGAUUAACUAGUUAGUUUUAACCGUCACUACAAUAUCACGCCACUUUUCUCUAUCUUUCACAAUUCCGUGCCAAUCUACCCAAUGUAUUCAGAUCUUGUGUCAUUUCUUCAAUUCACCUAAUUCUGGGGCAUCCCUGUGGUCGUUUUCCUUGAGGUUUUUUACUGAAAACCAGCCUUUAGAGGGCCAUUCUCUACUCUUCUUAAAAUGUAGCAUAGUUAUUGUAUUCUUUGACCUUUGAUGAAGUUAUUUACCGAUGCCAAGCCCAUAAUUUCCUGCAGUUCCCUAUUAUAUCUCCUUAGCCAAUUUCCCAUAUUCUCAUCGAACAAAUAUUCGCCGCAGAUUUUCUUUCAUACCUUGUUUUUGAAUGUUCUUAACCUUCUCUUCGUUAUCGUCACUGUCGCCCAAGCUUCACAUCUGUGUGUCAAUGUGGAUCUUAUAACUGACACACAUAAUCUCGUUUUGGUUCUCCUAGGAUCAUAGAAGGUAUUUUCCGCUUUUUUGUGCAAAUAUUUAUCUCUUUAGACCAAUCAUUUUUGAUGCUCAAAUGUUGUUUUAUCGAAUAAUUUUAUUUUAUAUACAUGCAUUUAUAGAUUAUAAUUAAUUCCUGCCUACAUAUAUAUACCUAUAACUGUUUAUUGAAAGUAUUCGUGUGUAUAACUUUUUUAAUUGUUUAAUUUAUUUAAUGGUUAAAUUUAUACUAUGUUGUUUCUGAUAAAAGGUGUUUUUUUUUUUUUUUUUUUUUUGUGUAGAACACCUCUUCAGACUUACUAAAUGAAGUCAAAAGGAUGGAAUCCUGUAUAUGCAGGGCUUUAGUAUUAAGGAUUUACUAUGGGGGGUUUAUACUUUCAACUUUUUUCCUUGCUAUUCGCUCAUUUUUAUGCUAAAAUUUCACUACGUUUUGGGAAGUAGUAUAGUAGUUUUAGUAUAGUUUAAACGUAUAGUAUUUUAUCAUUUUGGUAUUCGGUAAUUUAUUUUUUUUUUAAAGAAUUUGUCUAUACUAUGAAAUAGUCAAAUUAAGUAUGGGGUGAAAUUAGACUCUAGUGACGGAGCUUUGCUACGCUCACGGAUAUUAUUAACAUACCUGUAUUAUUUUUAUCUUUAUUUCGACGUUAUUUGUUAUAAAAUAGUUAAUUUAUAAUUUUCAAUUGACGAAUGAUGGCUACUUUUUUUGUUCAAAAUAAAACGAAUAAAAUCAUGAAUCGAAAUUAACUACUCCGCAUUGCUAGUAAAUGCAAGCGAUUAUAAUUUAUACUGUACAGCCUCUGUUACUUUAAACGCCUACUCCCAAAUACCAAACGAUAAUAUAUCUAAUCCCGUUAUAGCUAUACUAUUUUUCUAUAGUUAUUAUUAAUACCUAUAUUACUAUUUAAUUAAUAAUUAAUAAAACGCAUACAGAUGCAUUUUAAAAGUAUUUUACUAAUAUUUUAUUGCAAAAUGCUUCUUAAAAAAAAUGUAAUUUUUUUUAAUAUUUCGUAGAAUAUUAUAAUAAUGUAGUUUAAAAUAAAAAUCCAGAAAACUAAGUAAUAUUAGUGAACUUAACAUUUGUGUUUAAAAAAAAAAAAAUGAAAUUGUUGCAUCAUUUUCGACGAUCUGGUUUCGGCAUUUUACAAAAAUAAUUUGUGUAGGAUUUUAUCUACAUACUUAUGCAUACAAGUCCAGCUUGAGAUUACAAGCAAAUAUUUACUUUUACUUUAUUUUUUAGUGAUGGGUCCAUUGAAGUUUUUCAUCGUUUUAACUUAUGUUUAUCCACCCAUACCUACCCAUUUAAAACUGCACAUAAAAUAUCCGUGCACAUGUAGGCCAAUCAAUAAUUCAUAAAGUCCGCCUACUUCAUAUUCCACUUCUAUGAUAUUUUGUCAACAUGCCAACAUUCAUUAUAUCCAUUAUUAUAAUACAGCAUAUUUUUGUUUUUUAGUCUUAGUUUUACUGACUCCGUUAAGUAUCUUUCUUCGCGGUUUAUUUUUAAUGUCCAGGAAAGAGUAGUUUCUGGGACUUGUUGCCAAAUCCAGAACAUCACAUGAACAGUAGUUAUAGACAUGGUUUGUCUGUAAUACAAUAAUUAUUUAUUUUUCUAAUUUCAUGUCUUUUAUACUUUUACGUGUGUGAAAUUGCGAUAUUCACAACAACUUCAAUUUUGGAAAGGACGCAUAUUUAUUUUCACCAUUUUUCAUAAAAACAAAUUUAAAAAAAAGCAAUAAAAAUAAUUAUUGUAAUAUUUGUCAUUAUGACAUUUGUUUUUUUUUGUAAUAUUGUAAUCCAUAACUAAUUAAAUGGUAUAUUAUUAUCUUUUAUUUAUUUCAUGAAAAAAUGCUCUAACUUAAUUUUAGUUACGUAUUAUUCUAUAAUAAAGUGUUACAAUUAAUUAUCAAUAUUACAGAAUAAAAUCAAUGAUAUUGGUAUCAAACUAAAUUCAAUUUAGUUUGAACCAACGGCAUUGUACACAGUUCCUUUGCAAUCAAUUGUAAUUAAAUUAAAACGGAAUUGUUGAUAUAAUUUAUUUAAUCCAAUGUGGUGUAAUAAUUUAAUAAUGUUAUUCACUUAUUAUGCUGUAUUCUAUUGUCCGAAGUAUGUAACUAAAAUAUAAUACAAUUAUUUUAGACGAUCAUUUUAUUUAAUAAACAAUUUAGUUUCUGUAUAUCAAUGAAAAAUUUUCGUUUGAAAAAUAAAAUGUUUGACAUAGUCUUAAAAAUGCCUAUUAACUAAUAUAGUUUAGUAUAAAUUGACCCACAUUGUUCAAAUUAACGAAUACCUAUGUAGUUUAUUUUGAUGAAUCAUCUACAUAAUAAUAAAACUGCAACCCUUAGCAGUUUUACCUAUGAAUUAUGAAUAUAAUUGACUUCAAUUUAAGUAACAGUGUUAUAAGCCAUUUUGAAAUAAAAGUUCACCUUGCAGUUCCCUUCCCCUCUUCUUCGCUUGCGUAUAUUGUUUGACAAUGUCGUGUGUGUCAGCUCAAACUAGGGCUCAUCGUGACAGGUAGGCGGUUCCCGCCAGUUUGUAGCUCAGAGAUAACGACUAUAUACAGAGUGAUCCAUCUAAUUUCAUACUUGGCUUAGAAAUAAUAUCUUUUUAUUGUAAUGUUUUUGUUCAUUUUAAUUCUGAAUUAAAUUUAUUUUUAAAUAAAUUGUUUGUAAAUUGUAUGUAUGUAUAUAUGUUUGUCAAAUUGACAAUAAUUAUCCCGUACGAUUAGUUUUUAAAGAAAAUAAUAGGUAGUAAUAAUUAAUAAUAACUUCGAUUUAAAUUCUACUCAUACAUCUGACCAUCUAAGUAAUCCGAUUUAUAACAUUAAUUUAAAAAGAUCGACAUAUACUUAACAUGGUAGAUUGGGUCAUUGUUGUAGGUGAGAAGUUGGGAAAGUAGAAAAACGAUUCUGAGCAAUAUUCACAUGUUGAAUGUUUUAAAUAUGUUUUAAUAGGCCAUAUAAUUUUUUUCAUUCAUAACGAUUUUCAUCAGAAUUUGAUAUUAUAAUUCUUAUUAAAAAAAUAAAAUAAUAAUUAGUACAUUAAACUCAAUUUCUUGUUGUGCACCACUUAGUACAACUUAUAGUGAACCUUCUAUUGAAUUUUCAAGCAUUUUUGUUUUAUCAAACAAUCUUAUUCACAAAGUAUCUACCGAAUACAAAUUAUAUUGCAUAGUUAAAAUGCCUAUAAAUAGCUCAAAAAAAACUAAAAUAUUUUGAAAAUUUUACCAAGUCUAGAAAAUGUAAAUAUAAGUUUUCUUUCUAAAUUGCAAGUCUCUAGGAACAUUUUUAACUGAAUUAAAACAGAAAAAUAAAAUUGAUAAUAAUAAAAGCAUUAUUUUUGUAAAUUUUCUCGUUUUUUUUUACCAUUUUUCACGGUUUUCCCAAUUAUUAUGAAAACUGCUUGGAAAAUCAUAAUAUUACUUUCUUAAAGUAGCACCCAAGAAAAAUUUGAAAAAGGUGCUAUUCUUGAAAAUCGGAACAAGAUAUCUGAUAUAAUUUUUGUACAAAGUAUUUAAAAAAAUAUGAAACAGUUUUUAUUUUAAUCGUUUAUCAUAUAUGUUAUAACGACCUAUCACAAAAUUUUAAAAUAUAUUAUUCGGUUAUAAAUAAAUCAUUUACUGUAAGUCGGCAAUAAACACGGGAAAAUUAUAUCUAAUCAUACUUAUAAUAUUAUGAAAUGUUAAAAAAAAUCUUUAGAUAUGUUACAGGUAUUUAGAAUAUACCUAGAUUAUUAUUCGCUUUAACCUAACCUAACAUUUUACAUCGGAAUAACGCUGUAGAGCCAUGGGAAAAUAUGGCUCACGCUAUAAUAUUUAAAAACAAAACCCCAGUAGGCGGAGUCAGUUUGAUUACUGUCAAACGUCGAGCCCUUCCGUGUAUUGUCUUAAAGUCUCCUUAGAAUAGUAUGCUAAAGCAGCCCGUACAUGGACUUUACUGCACAGAAAAACCAUAAAGAACAUUUUAAUUUUUCGUAAUAUAUGGACUUUUAUCAAAUUAAACAACCGUGCUAUCUGUAUCGCUGCAAAAUAAUAAAUCUCGAGGUAUUUUAAUAAAUAUAUAUAUAAUAUUUUUUAUUUUUCCGUGUAUUUCAAUAACAAUAAUUAUUAUUCGUAUAGGUUGCGAUUAUAUUAUAUUUUGUUUGCAUCGUAUUUCAAUCAGUUUGGUUUUUUGUUUUUGUUAUUAUUAUUUAGUAUCGCACCCAUUUGCAUCAUCGUAUUCAAAUUCACAUUAAUUGUAUUAUUACAAUUCUCAUUUAAAAACUAUAUUAUUUAAGAAACGUUUAUAGGUAAUAUUAUUUUCUUUGCAAAUAACGCCAUUUAUACGUAACACGUAUAUUGUAACGAUUUAAUUUAUGUUAAAUUCGUUUUUGGCCAUUUAUUAUAUUGAUAGAUUAUUUCGGGUUUUAUUUCAUUUUUGCGUGUUACUUGUAAAUAUUUCGCCAAGUACUUGUUAUAUAGGUAUCAUGUAAGGCGGACCACUUAAUUUAUAAGAUUAUCUACUCUAUAUUAUACGUAAUUAAUAAUUGUUUUACGAUGAUUGAAUGUGAUGAUUUGAUCUAUUUGAAUGAUAUACCCGAUAAGCGUUCAAUAAUAAAACAAAAAGUUUUCAAUUAGAUUUAAGUUUUACUGUUUAACUUUCUUUUAUCAAUAUUAACGAAAGACGCAAAUUUAUUUCAAUAAAAUAAAAAUAAAAAACAAGUGAACUGCCUCGCUAUAGAAAUAUAAAAAGUUACUUUUCAGCCAUUAUACUAAUAGGUUGAUUUUGUACCCAUUUAGAAUUUAGAAUUUCAGCAUAAUCAAACACUCGCCUUAUCGGUGCAAAUUUAAUGGUAUAUUUUUUUCCCUACAGUAAAAUAUAUAAAAUAUGAUUUUUAACAAUAUUGUGUAUUAUAAUAUUAUAGCUAUUUGUCAUUUAUCCUAUAAUUGUUUAUAUUAUAUAGGUGUACCUAUACGUAUAUAACAUUAUCAUAUCUAUAUGACGCCAUAAUAUACUACACAUUAUGAAUGGAGUGGAGGGUCAUAAAUAUGUGGUCAGGGACAUUGCAGAGAUGGAAUCGAUAGGUGUGCAGCAGCAGUCCCCCCUCCUCUCGCACCACCGUUAACGUUAGAAUAAAGUAGUGGUGGUAUAAUUAAUUUUAAAAAUCCCAUCAGUAAACACUUUUUUUUCAUUUUCAUGUAAUUUAAAUAUAUUUAUAUAUAUAUAUAUAUAUAUAUAUAUGUUUUAUUUAAAUUUGGAAAACGUAGCCCCAAAUAAUUCAACGUUCUUUCUCUGAUAUUUUAGACGCCUUUUUAAUUCUGCCAUGUGGACAACUAUAUUUAUGUUCCGAGAUAUAUAUUUUUUUAAAUAAUUUCGUGUUUUUUUUUUUUUAUGUUAACCAUACGAAACACGAAUCUCCGGAAUAUGUUAGCAGUAAAAAUAGUUUAAGAGUCGAAAUAGUAUUUUAUAAGUAGUAAAUGGUAAAAUUAAGAUAGUAUUAUAUUUAUACGAGUAUAUUUUAUACUAGUCUGUUUGAACGAAUAUUAUUUAAGUAAAAAAAAAUGGUUUACGUGGGGUAUACGCAAUAAUAAUUACAAUUUUAUCGAUGAUUCAUGUCGCAUUCGCUAUAUUAUUUCAUCUUCGAAACUCAUUUAUAGCAAAACGUUCAGAAUCUAAAAUAUGAGUUGUUACUUCUCGGAUAGACAUAAUAUAGUAGUUUGAUUUUAAAAUGACAAUACAAUUUCUAGUACACUAAUCGUGAUGUGCACGAUAUAUCUAUUAUUCGGUAUAAUAAAUUCGAUGUGUAUCUAAUUUUUCCAAAUUGAAAUAACAACGUAUUGUUUAUCAAUAUAAUUUAAAAAAUUACCAAUCCUAAUUGAAAUAUCCUGUUAAUAUACCUACCAUUAUAUUAGAAAAUAUUAUAAUGAUAGUUCUAUAAUAUUAACAGUUUAAGUUUUCGUAAAAUAAAUAGAUACGUUUCAAACAAAAUUCUACCGUAAAAGUUUUAAUUAUAAAACUUCAUAAUUAAUAACCAAGUAAUUAACAUAAUGAGUUGCUUCGAAAAUUAUUCACUAACGUGAAUGAACUUGUUUAAAUUGACAUAGAAAUAGGAGUGGUAUGCGUAUUUUUUUUUAUUUUUUUUUUUUUUGAGGAAGUUAUUAAUGAAAUAUCACAAGGCGCGGACUAUAAUGUUACGUAUGUAUAUUUUAAAAUUGACUACAUACCCAUUUAACAGUGUCUUACGUUUGAAAAAUUACGUGUCUUUAGUCAAACCUAUCUUUUAACAAUGUUAAGAUAAUAGGUAUAUGCGUUUUUUUUUUCUUCGUUAAAAAUCCAAAAUCUACAUGAAUACAUUUUUUGAAAAGUGAAUUUUAAAGAUCAUUAAAUUAUUUCCCAGAACUAAUAUUUAAAUAAAUUUUAAUUGAUUUUUAGCUCAAACAUUUUUUGUUAAAAAUAGUUCUGUUUAAUCUUUUCAACGAUCGCUCUGGAUUCACAGUUCUGUUUUAUCUGGACGUAAAAUUGUGUAUAAUUGGCGAAAUUUGUUUUAAUUGGACAUACCUAGUAGUUCAACAAUAAAAUCCAUUCAAUGAUAUCAUUUUUGGGUGCGUUCGUUAAUUCUUAAUUGAUUUAAUUUUAAAACAACUAAUCGUUUUUGAUAGUUUUUAACUAUGUUGCGUGCUUUUUUUAUUUUCUUAUUUUUUUUUUUUUGUGUAACUUUAAGGGCGAUAUUUGGUAGCAAAUUAUAUGUAGGUGCAGAAUUGGACAGAUCAUUUUUUAUUUUCCUUGUGGUCAUCAUAAUAAUUAUGGAAAAACUGGAAAAUGUAUGCAAUAAUGAUUUCCGUUAUUUUCGAUUUCGUUUUUUUAUUUAUUUUUACCUAACAACAUAUUAUUGUAAUACUAAUUAUUAUUAUCAUACAUAUCUUAACCAAGUGUUGAUAAUACUUAUUAAUAUAUUAUUAUAAGUAGGUACAAUUAAUUAAUAUGACAGGCAUUUUAGUUGUAAAUAAUAAAUGAAGGUAGGUACUUACGUAUUCGUAUCUGCAAUAAUACAAAUAAUAUUUUUCAAAACAAUCACACCCAUUUGAUAAAAUAUUUAAUAAUUAACCUAUAAUCUAUAUAAUACCAUAAAAGCAUAACACGUAAUUGUGUACCUACCUACCUAUAUUAUCCAAAAAUAACAUUAUAUACAGUGACUUUUGGCCGAGGUGAAUUUCCUAAUUGUACGCCUUACUGAUAACGUGUCCAGUGGAACAUUAAUCUGUAAAUAACGGUCAUAAUGUUUCCAUUCUUCGCUCGUUCACGAUAUCGUUCAUUUUUGUGCUGAAUAGUUUAAAUUAUAAUAAUUUCUUCGAUUCGCCUGGUGUCGUUUUACUAUUUCUAUAAUUUCAUUGAGUUUAUACCGACGAAUACAACAUGAACAGAAUUGGACACUGGUUGAACGAAGACGAUUAUUUGUUUACAAAAUCAAUGCAUGCUUAUAUAGAAAGUCGCGUGAUUUGGGAUCUAAAACGGUUACCGAAGUCUGUAUUUCGAGUUAAGAGGAAGCGUUAUGAAAUUCCAGAAUACCACCAUAGUGUCAGUUAUAACAUUCUAGUGAUUCUAGUUUUGUUAAUACUCAAUUAUAAAAUUCUUAUUUAUUUAUUUUAUUUUCAUAGGCUCCAGAAAAUGAACUACGAAAAGUAAAUGUCAACGGUGGAGAACGAAUACUCUCUGAACAUGAACUGCGUAUACAACGUUCUUUACAAAGACUCAAUCUUCCCGAAUGGUACAAGACUUGCAACGUACCUGCUCAAGGAUUUCUGUUAAAGAGACAUAGCGAUGCUGGUCAUACAACUAGUAUGUCUAGCUUAUCAUCCAACCAAUCACAAUCACCAAAAAUGUAUUCUAAUUGCAGUGAGUAGUAUUAUAAAUUGUAGUUAAUUAUUAUGUGAAGCUGAAUAUUUGUUGCCAUUUUAGACAAUACACUGCUUAGUCCACAAACACACACUGCUACUAAAAAUUUUUCACGUUGGAGUACUAGCCGUUUGAAUGGUUCAAAUUCAAAUAGUACAUCUCCUUGCAGUUCUACACGGUCAUCAUUUAACUAUCGGCAACCAUAUUUGGGUUGGAGAUCUCAGGAAAAAUUGUCCAAGCCUAGAACACCAGCUGAACGACUUGCUGCUGGAUUAAUUGCUCAACAACAAAAUGAACCGGUAUUUAACAUAUAAUAAUUUAUUUUUUUUACCUUUAAUAAUUUGUCAUUAUUAUGCUUUAAAGACAUGUCAAACAAGUUUAUCUGAAGUGCAAUCAUCAAUUAAAGAAGUAACUUCAGCUAUAGCUAACUAUGUUUCUUCAUCGACACCAGGUGGGAGUAAAGAAAGGCUAAAUACUGAUUAUCAGGAUACUCCAUCUGGGUAAAAAUUUAUUAACUACUACUAUAUACUACUAUAUAAAUAUUUAACAAUACUAGUUAUUAUUUUAUUUUGGUUUAUAUUCUAUGUUUAUUUUAGGUGCCCAUCUCUCAGAGGUAGCACUGGUCGUUUAUGUUGGUUAGAAAGUUCAUUUGUUGGCAACAAGCGCCCUAGUUUAACCAGAGAUACACCACCAUCUGAAAUAAGCACACCACCAUCACAUCGAAAGGUCACAUCUAAUAGACAAACUCAAAACAAUGGCAGUUGGGUCAACGGUGAGUGUGAUAAUACGUAAACAGGGCUUACUGCCAUGAAAGAAUUAAAUCGGACACUGCCUGCUGUGUAGAAACUGAAAAAAUGCUUAUCGAAACAAUGUUAUUUGAUAUAGCACUCGACAGCUUUUGUUGGAUUACCUUUAGAUUUUAUUUAUUUUGUAAUUUGUUUUCAUUUUUGUUAAAGCGAGUUAGUUGUUAAUAAUAAUGUAUCAAUUUUUUUAUAUAUGUCGCACUAAAGCAAUAUUUCAAUUAUGUAGAUGUUUUUAGAUCAAUUUAUUUCUUUCUUUUUUUUUUUUUUUAGGGUAAAAACUUAGAGCAUGACAAGUACUAUGAUAAUUAUUUUGUAUGUUUAAUAUUUUUUAGUAUUAAUCAGUUGAAUUCAGUUUUUCAAAGCUAUUACAAAUAUAAUUGUUUAAAAUACACUGGGACAUUUCAUUUCAUAAUUUUUGUGAAAUAUUUCUUUGGAAAAGAAAUUUUAAGUUAAUUUAUUAUAUAUCGAAUCAACUUAUAAUGAAUAAUGACAGUUUUAAUAAAAGGUACAAGUAAGGUAUACAUUUUUAUCUUUUACUAAACUUAUUUAUUGUAAACAAAAAUUGUGAAAUCUAGAUAAAAUUUUAUGAUUAGUUCAUGUAUUUUUUAACAAAUUAAAUAAAUAAAGUUAAAAAAAAAAAAAACUAAUUACACAAUUACUGUGAUUAAUAUGUAUACAAUAAUAUUAAUUUAGGGUUUUAGGCAGCAUUAAAUAAUUUAAUUUAAAUUCGAAUGGAAGUCAAUAUUCUAAAUUUUAGUAUUAUUUUUUUAUUUUUGACAGAUGGUUCCUUACAUAAUUAUCUUUCAAUAACAUUUGUUUUCCAUGUUAAAAUACAAUAAUUAUACUUGAUUACUUAAUUUACUUUUAUGUAACAUUGAAAGUCCUAACCUAUUUUUUCAUGACUAUUUUAUGUUUUUCAUGAUUUUUGUAAGAAGAAUUUAUAUUAUAUUUAUUAUUUAAUAUUAAACAAAAUUUGAGGUUGGAAAAUUUUUUAUCGUUGACUUUUCUAUCUCAAAUUUCCUCGGUGCUGCAAACUAUCAUCAUUUCUGUUGAGAUUUAAAAAAAAAAUCUCCUUUUUUAUAUUUAAUAUUUAUACAAAAAUAUUAAAUAUUCAUAAAUCAUGUAUUUAUAAAUGCAUACAUAUAUAUAUAUAUAUAUACAAUUAUAAUUACUGCUUUAUACUGUUGACUAGUGAAAUGUUUUGUGUUACUUUAUAUUAUGUAUAUAUUAUAUGGUUUAAUAUUAAGAUAAUUUAUAGUAUACUAGAUAUAGCUAUUUCCAAGUGUCAAACAUAAUGAAUAUUUGUAAGUACUUGAUGUAAUUUCAGCUCAGUGAACUGGAUAUUUGGAAAUCAAAUUUUGUUUCAUCUCAAAUUUUUUUUUUAAAUUUUACAUAAGUAUGAAAUUAUUUUAUUUUUGUACCUACUAAAACAAUAAUAUUGGCUAUAAUUGUAUAAACAUGUGUGCAACAUUUCGUACAUUUUAACCUGAGUAGUAUUUUAUUUUGUUUUUUUAAUUAAUUCAUUUUAAUCUUAUAAUUUAUUACUUUUACUUUUUAAUGCUUUUCAUUCGUAUAUUUAUCAAAUCUUAUAAUUAAACUUAUUGUUAUAGGUAAUUCAUUAAAUAUCUUUAAAAUUAUUUUUAAACAUACCUAAUUGGUUAUCCUUUCAAUCUCUUAAAAUUCUUGGUAAUUAUAAUUUAUUUUAACACCAGUACAAAAAAAAGUAACAAUUUUUAAAAUAUUUUUCAGUAGCUUUGCUGAUAAGGUCAUAUUAAUUAUUUUAACCAAUAUAAAUUCUCUACUAAAUAUUUUGUUCAUUGUUAAUCUGUUUCUAUGUUUUUUAUUUAUAUUUUAAAUUUUAAUGUCAAACAAUAUUGUGUUUAAAUAUAAUAUCACAAAUAAUUCUAUUCUGUUACACCUAUUUAUUGAUUUGUUAUAUUUAAGUGACUGUAAAUUGCGCCUAUUUUCCCAAAAGAAAAAAUUUAAGACAAUAAUGAAUAAUGUAUAUUGUUUCCAAUUUUAAAUGUUAAAAAAUAAUAAAUUGCUUACGCAAAGCUAAUUUAAAAAUCAUUUAUUUUUCAUUUCAUUUUGUUAUUUAUUAUUUCCUAAAUUGAUUACAAUACAAAAUAUAACUGCAUUUUGCUAUUUCCAUAUACCUAUAGUGCCAUUUCGUGCAUGUGUUUUCUCAACGCAAUUGUUUUCAUUUCACGUCGUAUGUAUUAUAUACUUUAUUAUUUUUAACCCGCUGUAACAUAUUACUAUAUUUGAGCUUUUUAUUAUCUUUCGUUGAAUUUAAUAUUACAAACUUUUUCCUGCGAUUGUUGAGAUUUCACUUUUCGGCACAAUUGCAGAUCGGCCGAGUCCCGGUUCAACGACCAUGGACGAUGUGCUAAAUUCGUUAUUAGGGUUGCAGCAAGGGACGACUUCUAAUAACACUAGGUAUCCUCACCACAAUGACAACAGUGGCAGCGUGGGGGUCCUUAAAAGAAGACCCUACGCCGCUUCAGGUAUGGCUAACAUGUAAGUGAUUAACAUGUUUGGAAAAACCCCUAUUUUUAAUUUUUACCUGUAGUCACUUUAGAUUGAUUUAGUCGCUAUUUUAAUAUGUGUGCAUUUUAGUAUUAUACAACUAUUAUAUUAAUAUGUAUAUACGUAAUGUGUGCAUCUUAGUCGUAUUGUGUGCUCAUAAAAAUGCCGGUUUGUAUUGAGAAAAAACUAAUACUUAGCUACUCUUGGACAUUGUAUUUUCUAUGAAUAUUUUCUUUCAACACAUUUUUUGCUCAAACUAUAUAUAUACAAGACUGGUGAUAGUGUGAAUGUUGAGUAGUAGACAGGAAAAUAAACCUGAAGAUUAGCAUAGCAGAGAUAAAAAAUCUUACAUAAAUAAAUGGAAUCACUAGAGAAUAUAAAAUAAGUAAUAAGUUUAUAAGGAGUUAUGAGUGUUAUUUUAUAGUAGUUGCAAUUAAAUGAGAGAGAGUAAAACUAAGGUUGUUUAAACAUAUGACAAAAAGAGACGAGUCGGGACUGUCGUAAAAGUAGUUUUACAGGUGAAGGAGAAAAGCGGAAGAACAUCAAGAAGACAGACAUAAUUGAGUAACUAAGUGAACUGCUGGGGUGUACAUAUGCAUAGUUGAUAUGGGAGAUUGAGUUAAGUGGAAAUUUAAAACGCCAAGGUGAGAGAAAAGAAAAAUAUUGUAUGCAAAAAAAAAUAGUUCCAGCCAAGAAAAAAAAACUAUUUGCGCCAGAUAUUCAUACCGUAAUGUUCACAUUUGCAUAUAUAUAUAUAUAUAUAUUAUAAUAAUUUAAUCUUGUGUGCUCGUGUGUGUGUGUGUUUAUGUAUAGUUUCAGGUAACACAUUAACAACGUCACAAAAUAAGCAUCUGAACAACGACGGUCUGAACCACAGUGGUACGGCAACUCCAUUUCCAGGCGGGCCUCCGUCCGGAUCGAUCCGCUGCCGGUACUCGGAAUGCCAGCGUUCAGCCACCAUUUAUGAAGCCCGGCGUACGUUCAAGAUGUGCCACAACUGCAAUCAUAUGUAUUGUUCGAGGCGUUGCCGUCGUGCCCACUGGCAAAAUCAUCGGAAGACAUGCUUGGACCGACGAACAGCCACGCUGUGUCAGUCAAUCGUGGACGCGAUCAAAGCCAACGAUCGCUGCGUCGAGAGGCUGUCCACGAUCGCCCGGCGCGGCUACCUAACGCAAGGCCGCGGUGCCGUUAAGUGCUAUUUUUCGGGCAUCGAGCUUGCCGACAAGUUUGUCAGAGGUGGCGGCGGCGGCGGUGACGACAUGCAAUGUGAGCCGGUUUAUGCCAAAUGGACGGAUAUCGAUCCGGAGCUGGAUGCAUUAGAACAACUAUGCAAGACGUACAACCCGGACACUCGAUUCGUACUGCAUGUGUCAGUAUGCGUGCAGAGCGAAGUGCCAGGUCCAGGACCAGUACAAUGGGAACGGCACGUAGUGUACAAGUGCAUCAAGUGUCACUUGGACAAGAAUCUUCGACCUGUGACUACCGCCGCCGCCGCCGCCGCCGAACCGAUCAAUUACAAUAAGGACGCCGUGGGCCACCGCCGUCGUUCCGAUUCCACUGUCGAUACCGUGGCCAGCAGCGGAGGGGGACCGGAUACGUUGAUUCUAACAUCAUUGCCCGGAUACGAUCGCCGGGACACGCACACUGCCCGGCGCGUGUGCUUUGUCAACGUUCAACGGCACCUCCGGCAGAGGGGUGUCGAGUUCCGCCAACAGUUCCCGGACGUCUACCAGAAGCUUUGCGAGUAUGUGGACGGUGACGCGGACGUCAUGUUCACGCCGGUGACGAUCUACCCGCGGGACAAGGUAUCUGGAAAGACGUUCAUGUGCAUAAUCAUGCCGGACACAGAGCCCGAGAAGUUGAGUUUGUUGCCCGAGGACAGCAGCAAGGUUCAGACAAUCGACAUCAGCCUGCAAGAAUCCACACCCACCACUGUCGACGAUCAUUCUCCGUAAAAAUAAUAAUUCGUCUUAGACAAUAAUGAUUAUGAUUAUUACUAUAUCCGCUAAAAUAUUAUAUUAUUAUAACAUGUUAUUGUUCAUUGUUUUAUUUUUAUUAUUAAUUAUUAUUAUUGUUAUACCUAAUGUUAUUAUAUAUUUAAAACUUACGCUUGAAUGGAAUGUUUUAUUAUUAAUUGGUUACGUUCAUGUUAUACGUCAAACACAUUUAAAAAUCAAUUUAUUAAUCUACCUAUAAAAUACAUGACUAUAUAACAAUAUUAUAAUAUAGGUUAGUAUAAUAUUCAAUUUAAUGAUACAUAAAUAUAACGCCACAUAUUAUAAUAUUUAGAUAUCUACCUAUUUUAUUGUUCGAUUAAUUUAUUAAAGUAAUUCAUUGUAUUUAUAAUUAUAUUGUUAACUACUGUAGUAUACUUGUUACUUGUUUGUUGAUAGCAGAUUGGAGCAUGCAUAAUUUGCAUUUAAACAUCUUACAAUAAGCCGUGCAGCACGAUUGCACGUGAAAAAAGUUAUCAAUAUAAUAUCAAGGAGGCUAAUGCCCUAAGGAUCAAGAGGAUGUCAUACCCGCACGAGCUGUUUCAGUCCAACUGACCGGUGAUAGAGCAAAAUCUACCUUGUGCAAUCUACGUAAACUCGCUUAAUUUAGGAGUAAAAUCAAAUAGUACAAAUUUAAAAGAGGACAUAUUCCGAAGGGCAAAACAAUGCGUUGUUCCUAUUAUUUCUAAUUAUUAUUCCGAAUAUAACGUUUGAUACAUCAUUUAGAAGUAAACACUAAUUCAUCGUUAUUAAAUUGCUAACAUUUCAAAACAGAAAUGUAUCGUCUUGUCCUCCUAUUGUCCUCUUUUAAUUUGAUAGUUGGUGAUUUUACUCUAAAACCAAAAUUCCGCGCAGUCUGCGAAAGUAGAUUUUGCUUUAUUUUCCGUUAGUUGAACUGAGACAGCAUAUACAAGUAUAACGUCCUCUUAAUAAUAUAAACAUGAACAAAUAUGUUACAGUAAAAAUAAGAACACCGGUGAAACCUAGGAUAUACCGGUCAAUCAAAUGUUUUACAGACUGCUAUCGGUAAAUAUUCGGAUUUCGAAUAUCCUAAUUUUAGACAUUUAUCAAUAUUAAUUUCGGUAAAGCCCAGGCCCAGGAUAUACAAAUAUUUUGUUAAAUAGUUUAAUGAAUUUUUAUAGUUUGGACUUAUACAAACGAAAUUUGGUAAAUCCUAGGUUAAAUAACUAAUGUGAUAAAAGUCCAAAUUUUAAUUUUUAAUUUUUCUACUUUUGUAGUUUGUCCUUUACUUUAUACUCGGUUAUUAUUGAAUAUACCUACGUUUAUAUUGUUAAUAAAUAUUGCCACAAAAAUUUAAUAUAAUAUAUUACACAGGUAUAUUUUUAUUUGAAUUUCAAUCUGAAUUAUGAUAAAUGUCAAGUGUAUUAAUAAAUUGGAAAACUGACAAAGUUAAAAACCCCAGAAGUUGUAAAGUUGAGGCACGCAUAGGUAUAAUUAUUACUUGCUGUGGUGAAGUGGAUGGUUAUUUUUAUCGCUUAGAUAACGAAGGGCAAAAUGGGAAUACUUUCAAAUUUGUACUAAUAAUCAAUAUUCAACCUUAUGCGAAGAAGGUUUUUUGGAAUUGACCAUAAUUCCUGAAAACAAUAUUGGAAUAUAUCUGCAAAUGGUAUUGCAACUUUUCUUAUCUGAUAGAAAAAUAUGAGACACAAAUCAAUCGGAAAAUGUAUUAUGCAAUUCAAGAAGGCGCAGUAGCCAAGGCUAUACAAAUAAUCAUGUUUGUAAUAAUUAAUAUUGAAUGUACCUAGCUAAUAUUUAUACAUAUAGGUAAUCAUUUUUAAUUUUUAUUGUAAUAUUUAAUACUAAUACUAAUACAAACUUAUAAUUAAUGCAUAAUAAUCAUAGAGUAAUAAUAUAAUAAUGUAAUAAUAUUCGAGUAUAAAGCAAGGGAAAAAAACCAGAAGUAGAAAAAAAAAAUCAAAUUUCGUUUUUUUACCAUUAAGUACUACGCAUACUUUUUAUCCUAAAAUGUAUCAAAAUAUAUCAAAUCUCGUUUGUGAAAGUCCAAACCACAAAAAUAAUUCAAGGUUUGACUAAACUAUUUUGUACAUUAUUACUAGAUUUUACCGAGAUUAAUCGGUGACAGUACCGACUACCGAUAACAGUAGAUUAAGUUCGGUUAGGUUUCACUGGUAUUCUUAUUAUUACGUAACACAUAUUUGUAUAUGUAUUUCCCUUUUAAGUUUAGGUAGGAGAAGAGUAGUAGACCACUAAUAAAACUGCGCGUGCCGUAUUACAACUCAAAUUAUAUUCUACUGCGCACCCCAUACCAAAACCUCAAAGUGGAAUAUCUCGUUAACGGAAAUCAACAAUUUGAACACCAAAAUUUAUUUAAACUAAUAUUCUGUCUAUUUAUGAAUUUUUAAUAUAGAUUCUCAUUUGAAAAACCAAAGUUGGUUAUAGUCAUAGGAUACUCCAUAUUAGUCUUUAAGUAUUGUGAAAAAUCAAAGUGCUUAUUCGAAAAUAUAG